AUGGGAAGCGAGGGUGGUGGAGAAGAAGAUGAAGAAGAAGCAGGAAACGGAGGAGAAGAUGAGAGAAACGAAGAGGGUCGACUCGAAAACAAUGGCAAUAACGAUGAGGAUGAAGAGGAGCUCGGCGAAUUCAAGAAAUAUACGGUCGAGAAGAUUUUGGAAGGUUGCGAGACCAUCACCGAAGCCAAAUAUUUGAUGCAACACCUGUUCGAUUUGUGCCUUGAGAAAGCGGCGAUUGCGACGAAAAACGAGGCGGAGAACAAGGUGGGCUCUUCUUGA